AUGUCAUCAUCAUCUCCUUUGUUACAAUCAGCUUAUGACCCUACAAAUACAUACUUGGCAUCGGCCAUCGUAGAGCUUGAUUCGCACAAAUUAAGAGUUCAGUCGAUCAACUCAGCCCAGUCAUCUCUUAACACUGCAUUUAAACUUAACUCCAAGCUUACAUCUAUGGAGUGGGGGUUCUUCAAUGCAUCUUCAUCUUCAUCAUUAUCAAAUUCAAUUGAAAAUGAAUUCAUUGCUAUUGGAACUGCCUCGGGAGUCAUCCAGAUCUACGCCCCAUCUUCCAAUGAGAUCAUAUCCGAGUUGAUCAACCCAACCAACUUAUCGAUCUCCGAUAUCCAUUACUCAACAAUCACAAACACCUUAUGGACUUGCGACUAUUCAGGUCAAAUCCUUGAAUGGGACUUAUCUACCUUUUCAAUAAUUCAUACCAUUAGUAUCAAUGAUUUUUUGACUGAGAACUUGUCCACCGAGCAAAUUUCCAAAAUUUCUACCAUCAAGUAUGCCAAUGCAAACCACUUACUCAUUGCUACUCACUCAGUCUAUCUUUAUGAUAUUGCUAAUAAGAAAUUGGUCAAGGCAUUUCCAGCGCACAUCCAACCAGUAAAUACAUUACUUCCAAUCCCUUCCAAUCCUGAUUUAUUUUUGACCAGUGCGUCGAAUGAUAGAUUUAUCAACUUGUAUUCUAUAAGCAAAGUUUCUGCAGUUCUGAUCUUUGUCACCCAGUCACCAGUUUUAUCAGUCCUGCUUGGUGAAUACAACAAGAAUCACUCAAUCUUGACUGCAAUUACCGAAGAGGGAGUAGUUGAGGUAUUCAACAACGCCUUCAGCGGCACCAAUGGUAGCGUUGAUGGAACGCCAAACAGAAAGAAGAGAAGACAAAUCCAAUCAAAGUCUAACAACUGCACAAUCAAAUUGACUCGUCCAAUUGCUGAAAGAAAGGAAGCAACCGAUUCCACACUCACGAUCACCACAGUUUCAGUUUCUAGUGACAACUUGAUCGUGUCAUGGUUAGAAAAUGCAUCAAUUCCAUAUUUUGAAACCAUCAGCUGGUUGGAUGAAUCCACUGGAGAACUUGCUCUUGUUACUGACAAGGUAAUUGAAAAAUCCAAACCAAACACUUUUGCAACUACUCUUCAUUCUACUUAUGGCCACGACAUAGCAGCAAACAAACAUUAUAAUGAAGGGAAUGCUAUCGUCUCUGAUGGUACCAAUUUAAAGGAUGUAGCUAACGUUAGUGAUGACGAAGAUGAUGAAGAUGAAGAUGGUGAAACAUUGGCAGAAAAAUUGGACAAGCUUGCUACUAAUGGAUCCAAAUCUAGUAAGAACGACCAAAUUAAGAAAAAGGUUAAUGAUAAGAAAAAGUUAGGCGGAACUACUUUAACCAUUAUAUUGUCACAAGCAUUGAGAAAUAAUGACCACUCGUUAUUAGAAACUGUGUUAGCAAAUCGUGACCCUCAAGUUAUUCAGAACACUAUUGCUAAGCUUGACUCUAGUCUUGCAGUUACUUUGUUGGACCGUUUGGCUGAACGUAUAGCUCGUCAAACUUCCAGAUUUGACCAAUUAAACUUCUGGUUGAAGUGGAUUAUUAUUAUCCAUGGUGGUAUCUUAACCAGCUUACCAAAUUUGAACUCAAAGUUAUCCAACUUGCAUGCUAUUUUGCUGAAGAAGGCAGAUGUCUUACCCAGAUUAUUGGAAUUACAGGGUAGAUUAAACUUACUUUAUCAACAGAUGGACCUUAAACGUGAGAUUGUUGAAGAAGAUGACUUAAUUGAAGGUAAGGAUGAAGAAAGUGAUGUCGAAUACGUCGAAGAGCUUGACGAUGCUGAAUUUAAUGGUGAUAUUUCAGGAGAUGAUUUUGAUAUGGACGGUGAAGAUGACUUCGAUAUGGAUGAUGAAGAUAUAGAUGAAGAGUCAGACGACGAAGAUGGAGAAGAAGAUGAUAUUGUGGCAGACGUAAUGACUUUAGAAACACCAGAAGAUGAAGAAGGAUAUAGUGAUGUAGAGAUAGGGGUGAGGAAUGACUUAAUGAAUGAUGAGGACGAUGAAGAGGCUAAAGAAUCCGAUUUGAGGGUGAAGAAACAUAUUAAGAAUUUGAAAAAUGCAAAGAAGCAACUCCAAAAGAAGUAA